AUGUCGUACAAAAUACGGGAGGCGACUCAUUCGGACAUCCCAUCCCUCGUAGAUGUCUAUUUCGAUGCAUUCGGUGACCACCCUGUCACCCGACGCGUUUUCAACUCAAAUCCAGAACAUGUGCGAAAAUUUUGGUUAGAUCCGCUGGCAUCUGAUCGGCAAAAACCGACCGAUCAUUUCUUGGUUUUGACUGACCCAAAUUCCGCAACACCGGAAAGGAUCAUCGCAUUUGGAAUAUGGCGGGAGUACUUCACGACGGCAUCCUCCCCUCCGCCGCCAGCACCCGUUAGCUGGCCCAAAGAUGCUGACCUAGCCUGUGCCGAAGAAUUCUUCGGGACCGUAGGGAAAAUGCACAAGAAUAUCAUGGGGAAUCGUCCGCAUUGGUAUCUAGACAUUUUAGGUGUUCGAGAGGAUUCUCGGGGAAAAGGUGCGGGUAAGCAACUACUGAGAUGGGGCAUAGCUAGAGCCGACGACGCAGGUCUCGAGGCUUUCCUUGCUGCCAGCCCAGCUGGAGCUCCUCUUUGUAAGUGUGACGACUCUAUCGUUCGGCUCAAUCGAAAGAUGACGGUGAAGAUCCUAGAAUUGUAG